AUGGAUUUAAACUCACCCUCAAUGUCUAUUCAGCAAGUGGAACAACUUUUGUCAGACGAUGAAGCCUCGAAAACGUGUCAAAAGUUGCUCGAAUGCUACCUGAAGGAUAAACAGUUGAAUCUUCUGGACCUGCAGGAGUCAAUUAGAUCUUCUAACUCUUUCGUCUCAAACACAAUUAAAAACGGAACUCCAGGAAUAAAAAAGGAGCUGGAAGACUUGAAUCACGCAAUAUUUGUGGUCGAUACAUUUCUAAACAAGAACGUGAUCAACUACACAACUGAAAUAAUACAAAGCUUUCAGGAAAUAAACGAGUACAUGGGAAAGUUGUCGGAUAUAUCGAUCGAUUUGGAGGACCUGAACGAGAGAAUGGGCACAAAGUAUAAAAACAUACUCAUGCUUUACAACUCAGUAGAGUCGGAUACAGCGUCACUGGAGAGGCUGAGAAAGGUGUAUCUGUACUCGCUAGAGUGCAGAAAGCUCAUACUGUUUCUGAAGAGCCUGCAUAAGAGGACGAGCUACCUGAAGUCGUCAGUAAGAGACUUUUUGGAAAUGCUGCUGAUAUCGCACAAGUGUAUGAGGUGCCUGGAUAGGAUAUACUCGUUGGAGAAGACUGACGCACUGCUGAAAUUGAUCAGGUACUGCGAAGACCUGAAAAAUUGCAUACUGAGAAAGGUGCACAACAACGCGAUCGUGCCGCUGUUCGAGUGGAACAACAGCCAGAACGCCGCCACAGUGGACCUGCCGCGAGACCUGGAGAAGAAACUGGUGAUAUCGCAGGUAAUAUUCAAGGAGAUGUCAGUCUCCUCGAAAAUUAUGCUCGAACUCGUGGAAAAUUUGAUAUUUGAAGCGGCGGCGACGAUCAACCUGAAGGAGGUGACGAGCGAGCACAACUAUAGAGAGUGGCAAGGAAUACUAAUAUCGCAAAUUUCGGAGUUCCUUCUGAAGUACGUGAGGAACCAGAAGAGCAUAUACCACAUAUGCAGGUCGAGCAGGCACUCGCUGCCGGAGAAGAUGGACAAGGCGGAAAGAGAGCUGGUGUCGAGUUACCUGGAAACGUACGUGCACGAAGACGAAAAGGAGCCUUACUCACUGUGCGAGCUGUACACGAAGAGGUGCGUGGGAGCGCUCCACUCUACGAUGAGCGCGCUGAACAAGGAGGGAGAGCGCUACGACGUGGUGAUGCUGGCGCCGCAGCUGAUAUCGCUGGGAGACACAAUGCACGCAGAACUCAGCGGAGUGGUGAUCCCGUUCAACAUGCACAGGUACUACUUCAAGACGCUCUGCGAGGAGUACGCAAAGAGCUUCCUCUCAGUGGCGGCGAAGAAGAUCAUCCCGGUCUCGAAAAUGAGCUUCAUGAACUGCGUAAGGGCGCUGCCGACUCUGGAGUCGUCGCCGACGCAGACGGGCGGGAGCGCGCUGAACCAAGCAGGACUGAUGCUGAUGAACCUGCCGGUGGACAACGAGCUGUGGACAGUGCUGCAGGAGUUCCUGGAAAAGUCGAAGAUGUGCCCGGCACUGUUCAAGCAGAUCUGCGCAAUAGCAGCCUCAGGCCUGGAGACGGUCUUCGCGAACGUGGCGCAGGUGCGCUCGCCGCAGGGCUGCAAGCUCUCGCUGAGCGACGGAGGAAGCAAGAUCACGCUGCUGAAGCCGAACGACGCACAAAUACUUAACGCGAGGCUCUUCGAGUACACGCACACGAUAGUCGAGGGCAUCGAGGGGAAGCUGCUGCCUCUGAUCCCGGAGGACUCGACGCUCCUGCGAGUGCUGGACUACGGAAAGAGCAUUCCGCUCAUCGGCUCAUGGGCGGAGGACGUGGCCUCGACGGUCUGGCACACGGCCUCCUACAUCUCGCUCGACAACCAGGAGUUCACCUGGACGUGCAGCCAGGUGAGCGUGGCGAGCAGGAACAUCGUGAAGAUUCUGAACUUCCUGAAGGAAUCCUACUUCGAGCCGCUGAUCCCGCGGGGCAAGUACGAGCUGCUGCGGGGCUUCGCCUCGACGACCGUGGCCUCAUUCCUGGUCUACGCAGUGACGAUCUGGCCGCUGAGCGACGAGGAGAAGCUGACGCUGAUGAACUCGAGCACGGAGUUCGAGUUCACGCUCUCGGAGAUCCUGCAGGCGAAGCUGCCGCGCAACGAGAGCGAGAACCUGUCCUUCUUCAGAAGGCUCAUCUUCCUCUCCGACGGCGAGCUCUACCAGAUCUACUCGGAGGGCGCCUGCCCGAUGCCGAGGGACGUGCUGCUGCUCCACGUGGUCUGCAGACUGCUGCGCGACAACGGCGUGAGGGACAGGCAGCUCUUCAGGCACCUCAACUUCACGAGCGUGCACUUCAUGCUGCAGGCCUUCAGGACGUCGCUUGUCACGGGCGAGGACCACAACUCGGAGGCCCUCAAGGGCUUCGUGUCCGAGCUGGGCCUGAGCUCGCAGCUCUACAACGACUCGAUCGGGAGCGUUACAGCGCAAGACCCUCACCACACAGUCCUUAUGAAUACACCCAUUGAUAGCGUCCGUGCACACAUUAGUGCCAAUACGCCGUAA